GGGACUUAUGGGAUUGCAAUGGCGAACCGGACAGUGAAAGAUGCGCACAGCAUCCACGGGACCAAUCCGCAAUAUCUGAUUGAAAAAAUCAUUCGUACCCGCAUCUACGAGUCCAAGUAUUGGAAGGAAGAAUGUUUCGGGCUUACAGCGGAAUUGGUUGUGGACAAAGCGAUGGAACUGAAAUAUAUUGGCGGUGUUUAUGGUGGGAAUAUUAAGCCUUCCCCGUUCCUUUGCCUGACUCUCAAGAUGCUCCAGAUUCAGCCUGAAAAAGAUAUAAUUGUUGAAUUUAUAAAGAAUGAAGAUUUCAAAUAUGUCCGAUUGUUGGGUGCACUGUACAUGCGGCUAACAGGCUCUGCUAUUGAUUGUUAUAAAUAUCUGGAACCGCUUUAUAAUGACUAUAGGAAAGUGAAGAGACAAAGAAGGGAUGGAGAGUUUGAACUAAUUCAUGUUGAUGAAUUUAUGGACGAGUUACUCCACGAAGAACGAGUUUGUGAUAUCAUUUUGCCCAGGCUUCAGAAACGUUAUGUGUUGGAAGAAGCAGAGAUGCUGGAUACAAGAGUCAGUGCACUCGAGGAAGAUAUGGAUGAUGUAGACACAAGUGAAGAUGAGGAUGAGGAUGACAAGGGUGACAGAAUGCCAACACCAGAGCCUCCACGAAGAGGUUACCGAGAUCUUGACAGGCCUCGUAGGUCUCCCUCUCCGCGGUACAGGAGAAGCCGAAGCAAAACACCAAGGCGGCGCAGUAGGUCUCCCAAAAGAAGAAGCCCAUCACCACGUCGUGAAAGGCAUCGCAGCAAAAGUCCUAGACGUCAUCGCAGUCGAUCCAGAGAUCGGCGUCACAGAUCAAGAUCCAAGUCUCCAGGUCAUCACAGAAGCCACAGACACAGGAGUCAUUCCAAAACACCUGAAAGAUCGAAGAAGAGUCACAGGAAGAGUCGCCGAGGAAAUGAAUGAAGGUUCCACAAGAUCACAAAUAUGCACUUCAAGUGCAUCUCAAGACUUGUCUGUAGAUAAAACUGCAAUGUUAACAAUUUUUUGUCUUUGGUGUUAAUAUGUUAUUUGCAAAAAUUCCAUUUGACCUAAGAAUGCUAUGGUGAAACUUUUCUAACAUUUUUGGAAGAGGCAGAAUAUUCACAGUUCGGAUUUUUGUGAAUAGUAGGAAUGUUGAGUACUUUUUUACGUGACUUUAAUGAUUUUUAUUACUGUUAACUUUGAUAAGAUCUUUUGGUUGUGAAAUGAGCAAAUUCUUUUUUUUAAGCUGAUGUUUGGAAAAUGACAACUGAGACAACGAUUAUGCAAAAAUUCACUUAAGACAUGACUGAAUCUUUGAUAGUUCACAGUCAAAGUUCACAGCUUUAAGAAGUAAAAACCAAUACUAUGGAAAACAUUAAUAUCAUAAUUAUAUUGUACAACUAAAGCACAUAAGCAUUUGUGUGUACAAAUUGGCUAGCCACAGAAUGUUUUGUCCUUAAUGGCAAAAUACAAAUUAACAAUUUUAAAAGGAGUCUUUGUGUGUUUAUUAAAACUUUACAAAUAGACAAGUUAAACUGGAGUAUCAAUGUUAAUUAUGUAUUUGAAUCUGACAGUUUUCAGACAAGUAGUGAAAAAGUCAAAUAGAAAGAGCUUAGCUGAUCUAGGAAGCUGUAUCAUGCAUUCUGGUUCCAACCCACCAGGAGCUGUGAGACAGGGUAAACAAGCCUGUUUAAAAAUCUAGACCAUUCUUGGGGGAAAAACAACUUCCGGGAAAUUCCUGUCCUAGAGAGAGAGAUUCCCAUCAUGACUUGUACCAACUUUUUGUGUUCAUACGGUCACAAUGCCUCAGAUGUUUUCCUUUUUUUCAAUUAAGUUGUUUACUUAUUUAUCCUUGAAAUGCAGGUUCUAUUUCUAGUAUUUACUCUUCAUGAUUAUCCAUACAUUAGUGCCUGUCCCUUUAUAAACUGAUUCUCAGGAAGUGCUACAAAUAAAAAUAUUGUAAAACAUAUCAGACUUCAUGAAGAAUUUAUCCGCUAUUUAAAUUGCAAGUAAAUUUAUCAAAUUGCUAUUUUCCCGUCAAAAAUUGGUAGAAUGAUUUGAGAGGAGACUUCUCGGAAGAAUAGGUUAUGAUAACUAUGUAACAUCAAUACCUAUUUAGUUUGGCGUUUAGUAGAUCAGAACCAUAGAUUUAAACACAAUCCAAGUAUUGAGUGACCUCAACCAAGCCUGUAUUUGUCAGCUUUCAUUCAGUGAUAGCACAUUUGUCUAGAUUUCAAAUGUUUGGAUACUUGGAACAUAAUAUAAGCCUGUAGUAAAGAAUGGUUGGAUGUUAAAAUAAAAUUGUUGUGCAUCUAUUUAAAAAGAGAUUUUGUUUUGGUUCUCUGGACAAUGUUGCAUUCAACCAACAUCACUAAAGGAAUAAUUUUUUUCAUUGUGGAUAUCAACUGGUGAAUUUUUUUUGUUUAGAAAUAUCUACACAAUUGGCAUUUAAUCUGUAUAUUAAAGGUUGAGGUUAGAAAAAAGAUGCAUCAUUAGAC